AUGGCGCCUAUCCGGAUUCCAUCUGGCAGCUACACCUCGUCGCCAUCGGCUGCCGGCGCAAGCACCGCGCCUCCAUCGUCGGGGUGGGACUACAUCCUCAAGUUUAUCCUCAUCGGCGACUCGUCCGUGGGCAAGUCGUCGCUGCUCGUGCGUCUGACGGACGACCGGUUCCUUGCCGAUCCGGAUCCCACCAUCGGCGUCGAGUUUGGCUCGCAUCUCAUCCGCCUCGACAAUGGCGAGACCGUCAAGGUGCAGGUGUGGGAUACGGCGGGGUCGGAGUCGUUCCGCUCCAUCACGCGAUCCUACUACCGCGGCGCAGCAGGCGCGCUGCUCGUGUACGACAUUACGCACCGUCCGAGCUUCCUCAACGUCAAAGGGUGGCUUGAAGAUGUGCGAUCGCAUGCCGAGGACAAGGUGAGCAUCGUGCUGGUUGGAAACAUGUACGAUCUGGUCGAGCACGAAGACGACGUACCCACAGAUGGGGGUGCGACUUCACAAGACGAGGCAGCGCAGGAUACGCGCAGGGCAAGGAUCGAUCGCAGACGGAGCAAGGGCAAGAAGCGCGAGGUGAGCACGGCCGAGGCACGACAGUUUGCGCAGGAGCAUGGAUUGUUGUUCGUAGAAGCGAGUGCCAAGACGGGGCACAAUGUGCACGAGGCAUUUGCACAGGCGGCACGCGAUAUCCACAGCAAGUUCUCGACGCCCGAAGCCGAGGCGGAUGGCACACCGGGGGUGGCGGCAAAGUACGAUGGUGGUACGUUGGGUAAGCGUUCGCGCAUGCGUGUAAGGGCUGCAGGCCGCACUUCCGGCACCGUCGCACUCGAACCAUCCGAGCCAGCACAAACCACACGCUCAGCAAGCGGAUUCUCCAUCCGCUCACUCAGCUCGUCCGCACCAGCGUCGGGCGAGCAACAGUCGGAUCGAGCCCCAAGCGAGUGCUGCAUCAUAGCCUAA